CGGCAUUAGCGUCCCUGACGUCGGGAAGAAAAACGCCCAUUUUGCUCGCAGUGGCCGGGCAACGCAGUGUGCAGAAAUAGCCGAAUUAAGAAGAGACAAAGAACUCGGCAAUGGACGGUGAUGUCGCUGUUGGUGUGAAGAGAGGCUCCGAUGAGCUCAACAUGUACGGAAGCAGCCCCAGUUCUAUUGCUGCAAAUGGCAAUGACAGUAAGAAGCAGCGUCUGGAUGAAUCCCCUCCCUCCAGAGUGCUCCACAUCAGAAAACUCCCUAAUGAAGUAUCAGAGACUGAAGUGAUUGCUCUCGGCCUUCCUUUUGGAAAAGUCACCAACAUUCUGAUGCUGAAGGGAAAAAACCAGGCGUUUCUGGAGUUGGGCACAGAAGAAGCUGCGAUCACAAUGGUGAACUAUUACACUGCUGUCACACCACAGGUUAGAAAUGCUCCUGUCUAUAUCCAGUUUUCCAACCACAAGGAGCUUAAAACAGACUCUGCAUUGAACCAGAGGGCACAGGCAGUGCUUCAAGCAGUGUCAGCAGUUCAAGAUGGAAGCUCUCCAUCGUCAGACCCUGGAGUUCUGGAUCUUGCGCCUCCCCCGAGCCCAGUUCUGCGAAUCAUUAUUGACAACAUGUUUUAUCCAGUAACUCUGGAUGUUUUACAACAGAUCUUUAGCAAAUUUGGAGCUGUGAUGAAGAUCAUAACUUUCACAAAGAACAAUCAAUUCCAGGCCCUACUGCAGUUCAGUGAUCCAGUCAAUGCACAGCAAGCUAAACUGUCUUUAGAUGGACAGAACAUCUACAAUUCCUGCUGUACGCUGCGCAUCGAUUUUAGUAAACUGGUCAACCUCAAUGUCAAGUACAACAACGAUAAGAGUAGAGAUUACACCAGACCUGACCUCCCAGCUGGAGAUGGAGAGUCUUCCAAAGAUCAUUCUUUGCUAGGUACACCAACAGGGGCGCUGGCAUCCUAUUCCAGCGGAGGAGGUUACUCAUCAUCUCUCUCACUGUCACAGGGUGGAGGAGCCAUCAGUCCUCUCAGUGCCGCUGCUGCUGCUGCAGCCGCCGCUGGUCGUGUUGCUCUGUCUGGAUCUGGAGUGUCAGGCGUUCUCUUGGCUUCCAACCUGAAUGAUGAGAUGGUCACGCCUCAAAGUCUCUUUACCCUCUUCGGGGUGUAUGGGGAUGUCCAGAGGGUGAAAAUUCUCUACAACAAAAAAGACAGCGCCCUUAUCCAGCUGUCAGACGGCAACCAGGCGCAGCUGGCAAUGAGUCACCUGAAUGGUCAGAAGGUUUUCGGUAAAGUCAUGAGAGUGACGCUGUCGAAACAUCAAACUGUGGCUCUGCCCAGGGAAGGACUGGACGAUCAGCUGCUGACUAAAGACUUCUCUGGCUCACCGCUUCACCGCUUCAAAAAACCGGGAUCGAAAAACUUCCAGAACAUCUUUCCCCCCUCUGCGACACUUCACCUCUCCAAUAUCAGGGAAGUCAUCGGAGAGGAAGACCUGCGCACACUCUUCUCCAACAGUGGGGGAACUGUCAAGGCCUUCAAAUUUUUCCAAGACCGCAGGAUGGCUCUGAUCCAGAUGUCAUCUGUGGAGGAAGCCAUCCAGGCACUGAUGGAGCUCCACAACUACGACAUGGGAGGAAACCACCACCUGAAAGUUUCCUUCUCCAAGUCCACCAUCUAACCAUGGCUGACCAGACAUGGCAUCACAUACUCCAGCGAGACUUCAAGCAACAAUAAAUCCAGGAAGAACAACACUGAUGAAUUUGUUUAGUUUGUGUCCACCUCACUCAUGGCGAGGUUGGAGAAGUAAAAGACACAGUAGAUCUUCUCUCUGCCACAUCUUUUUGGGUACAAUCACUUUAGUUGUUUUUUACAAAGUGCCAAGAAAAGCUGAAGUCGAGUUUUUUUUUUUUUGUUUUUUUUUUAAAAAUGUAUCUGCUGAUAAUGUCGCAGAUGUUCUUCAUGGUAGAAUGUAAGGUGUUGAGAGCUGUGACCCACGGUGAGGAAGCCAGUGUAGAAGGUUUUCACAUGUGAUUCUGGUCUUGACCUCCGACUUCCUCUGAGAUGGGAGGGACCAAAGUGUGCAUGUGCCUUUAGUUUGAGUGGUUUGUGUCCGAGCUUCUUGCAAAUCUGCAGAGAAGUUAGUCAUUUGUUUCUCAGUCCUAUUUGUUGUUGUUUUUUUUUUUACAGCUUCUUACUUGUGGCUGAGAAAUGAUUUUUGGAUUGCUUCAUUUCUUUCUUGUUCUUCUCAAAUAUUCCAGUGUUUCUUACUGGAGUCACUUUUGUGACUACAAUGACUGAUUUAGCACAAAUGAAAUCUCUUUUUUACCAAUGAGCCAAAGUAAGAGUGUGUUUGUGUAUGUUCAUAGAUCGUUUCUCUGGAUGUCAUCUCCCAAUAAACUUGCUCUCCUCUGUUCAGCCGU